AUGGUGGACUGGAAGGCGGUGGGCAAGCGCACCAAGAAGUUUGUGAUCGACAACUUUCUGCCCCUCUCGUUCCUUGUGGCGAUAAUAUGGGCGCUGGCAUGGCCAGCACCUGGCAAGGCCGUCAUCAAUGUCACGAUCAUGGACGGCGAAAUCCACGUGAUCCAGGAGAUCAACAUCAUCCUUGUCUUUUUUAUUUCAGGCCUGGUGCUGAAAACCGAUGACCUGGCCGCCGCCAUCAAGCACAAGCUGGGCGUGACGUACGGCCUGAUUAGCAUCCUGUUUGUGACCCCCUGCCUGGGCUUUGCCCUGCGCGAGAUCCCGCUCAACCCGCCCGAGUUCAGCGCCGGCCUGGCGCUCUUCGCUGCGGUGCCCACCACGCUGGGGGUGGGCGUGUCACUGGUCCGCAGCUGCGGCGGCAACGAGGGCCUGGCGCUGCUGCUCACCGUGGCCAGCAACAUCGCCGGCAUCUUCACCAUGCCUCUGUGGCUGAAGGCCCUGCUAGGAGGCAGCGAUGAGCUGGAGAGCGUGUCGGUCGACAUCCCCAAUUUGCUGGCCCGCCUGACCAUCACCAUCCUGGUGCCCUCGGUGCUCGGCAAGCUGCUGCGCGAGCUGCCCCCCUUUAGUAAGCACGUCAAGAAGCUGACCGCCAGCUACAAGACUGCCAUCAGCAUGUUCAGCGUCAUCAUGCUGUCCAUGAUCGUGUGGCAGAGCCUGUCGGGGGCGCAGGCCACGCUCAUGGACCAGCAGUUUGUGCAGAUCCUGUAUGUCAUCCUCUUAGCCAUCGCGCAGCACAUCAUCUACCUCAUUUUCAACUUUGCCGUGCUGUACUACAUCUUCCACAUGCCGCUCACAGACCUCAUCGCCACCGGCAUCAUGAGCUCCCAGAAGAGCGCACCUGUUGCAGUGACAGUGAUCAGUUACUUGACAACAGACAUCAGCAAGCAGGGCCUGCUCAUCAUCCCCGGCAUUGUGGGCCAGAUAUCGCAGAUCUUCAUCGGGUCUGCGCUGGCACGCUACUUCGCCCCCAAGGUCAAAAAGAUGAAGGCGGCAGCUGCCUCCCGACAACAAGCUGAAGCUGCAGACGACGACAACGGAGCCGCCAAACCUGACAUUGAGCUGACCAGCAAGUCGGCAAAGAGCCUGACAUCCACGGAAGCAGACCUGGAGGCGGGCGCCAGCACACCCCUCACACCUCCCUCAGAGCCAGCCGAGGCCGCCGCAGCAGAUGUAGCAGCGCCAGCCAGCGAGGCGGCCCCAGCCGGCGACGCUGUCACAGCACGAUAA